AUGGGUGAGAUGGAUCUCGAUUGUCCUCUCAGUGUGUUGGGUGUGGCAGAAGUUCUGCAGACAAAAUAUGCCUUCAUAUCAGGUGGCAAGGCUCGGAAUGGAGCCCCCAUUCUCACAUUCCCUGAUGUUCCAGGGAUUCCUGAAAUCACUGAUGAACAGUAUAAAAAGGUGGUGACAUAUCUCUGUACUAUUCCAGCGUUAUAUGAGGUGGAGAAAGGGUUUGUGAUUGUGAUGGACAAGAGGAAUGAUGGAUGGGGAACUGUUAAAAGUAUCCUAUUGAAGCUUUCUGCAUUUUUCCCAACACACAUCCAAGUGGUCUUUUUACUACAGCCCGUCGGCUUUUUCCAAAGAGCCUUUGCUGAUUUCCGAUCCAAGUUUGUUAAGGAAGAGCUUGAAUUUAAGGUUGUUAUGUGCAAUAGCCAUGAAGAGUUAUUUGAACAUAUUGAUCCUAGUCAACUCACUAAGGACUUGGGUGGAGAUAUUGAAUAUGACCACAAGGAAUGGAUCGAACAGAGGGCAGCAAGCGAGAAGUUUUCCACCAACAUCAAUAAUGUUACGCAGGCACUUGACCAACUGGCUGCCCGAUAUGAAGAAACAGAAAUACCAAAUGAUGUUGCUGGAACUGAAGCCUUGAUUAGAGAACAUAUCCAGGGAAGAAAAGAGCUACUUGAUGACUUGAACAGUGCCUCAAAUCAUGGAGAGAUCUUGCUCAAUUGUGUGAAGGGAAAUAGCCAGGAAAUCCCAUUAGUAAAACUCAUACAUGUUGUGGCACUGGAAAGAUUACUUACUAAAUUAGAACAAAAUAAAAUGCAGUUUGAAAUGUUCUGGGGUCGACAUGAAAAUAAAUUACGACAAUGUUUACAAUUGCGACAAUUUGAAGAAGAAUUCAAACUCAUUCAAUAUGCAUCAGAACGCAAUUUAGAAUGGCUUGAAUCAUCAAUGUUGGAUGUUGGUGAAACUUAUCAACAAGUGGAAGGACUGAUGGCUGACUUUGAAGUAUUUGAAAAAAAAGCAAAGAAAAGCUUAGAAACAACUGAUCGCUUGUACAGAAUGGGAGAACAAUUAAUUCAAGAUGAACAUUAUGCAAUGGACAGUAUUAGACCAAAACAUGCAGAACUUCAGCGCAUACGAGAUCAAUAUAAAAGGAUGCUACGACAAAGAAAAGAAGUUUUAUUUAAAGCAAGAGACCUACAUGACAGAAUAGAUCGGGCGAAUAAAUGGUGUAACCGAGGUUUGGAUUUAUUAGCAAAUCAACAGAUUGAAAAAUUUCAGACCCAAGGUGGAGCUGACAAAGCUAGCCAUGAAAUCAGAGAAUUUUUGCAAAAAGCUCAUAGUCUCAACCUAAGCAAUCCUAGAGAAUUCCGUAAUUUAUUUGAAGGUAUCAUGAAUCCAGAAGUUAAAGCAAUCGUACAGGAUUUACUCAAGCGUAUGGAUGAAGUACAAGGCAUGUGUGAAAAAAGACUGAGCAGCUUGCAGAAGGUAACUAACAGUAAGACACGACCUGUCCAGUUAGUUCAACCAAAGCAGAUAAAACAGUGUGUAACAUCAGGCAGCAGCAGUCAGGGUAGCAGUAAGCGUACAGGGUCACCACAACCAUCCCAUGUUCGUUCUACUCCCACUACUUCCUCCUCUUCAGGAACUUCAUCUCACAACAAUGUGGGAGAGACAAAGAGUGUUAGAAAGAAGGCUUCUUCUGGACUAGAGAUGUCAGCCAGGGGUAAAAUCAAGAUGAUCAUGUAA